UGGGCGAGCGACCAGUGCGGGCAGAGCUCUUCUCGCUGAAGACCCGCCGCUCGGCGCGCUGACGGCAGCAUGCUGCGUGCUGCGGUGCUGGCCGCGGCACUGGCGCUCGCCGCCGCCUCCUUCACAGAGGGCGUGGUGGACCUGCUGGCGGUCACAAAGAUGGCGGAGGAGCCUCUGGGCGUGGCGCGCACGGACAGCCGCUGCCUGGCGCGUGGUCCGGCCUUCCACCUCAGCGAGGAGGCCAUGCUGACCGUCAACACCGCGGAGCUGUUUCCUCAGCACUUCCCGCAGGACUUCUCCCUGCUGCUGGUCGCCAGGAUACCGCCAGGCUCCAAGGGCGCGACGCUGUUCACGGUGUACAGCGACACGGGCGACGACCAGCUCGCAGUGUCGCUGGGAGACGACGUGACGCUGUUCUACCGUGACGCCGAGGGGCGGCCCGCCGCCAACAACACCAUCAGCUUCGGCGCCGACGUCAGCGACGGGCAGUGGCACCGCCUGGCCUUCAGCGUGAAGGGCGACGCGGCCACGCUGAUCGUGGACUGCGGCAAGACCAUCACCUCGGCGCUGCCGCGCGAGCCAGCCUCGCAGCUCAACCACGCCGGCAUCAUCAUCAUCGGCCAGCAGCUCAUGGACGGCGGAUACUUCACGGGCGACGUGGAGAUGCUGCAAGUGGCGCCCACGCCCGACGCCGCCUACGAGCAGUGCCGGGAGUUCGCCGCAGACUGCGAGGCGCUCCAGGAGACGAGGGACGAGGGGGGCCAGGGGGGCGAGGGGGGCGAGGACGUCACAGACACCGUCCCCACCUCCGUCUACAACUACAACUACAGCUACAGCUACAGCCAUGCAGCAGGCUCCGGAGAAGAGACCGACUACAGGGCGAGCCAGUACCCUUACAGCUCGCUCCCCUCGAAGGGACCUGCGGGCCCCAGAGGCUACAUGGGCCCUCCAGGGCCGCCGGGACCGCCCGGGCCCAAGGGGCCUCCGGGCCGGGAUGGCAUGCCUGGCAUGAACGGCAUAUCGGGGCCGCCGGGACACGUGUUCCUCAUACCGAUGAACGUGCAAGGAAACGACAAAGGUCCAGAUCAGCACUCAGAGCAGCUCAGGCAGAUGUUAUCCCAGCACAUGUCGGCGAUGCGCGGCGCGGAGGGGCCCAUGGGCAUGACCGGGGUCUCGGGCCCCGAGGGCCCGCCCGGGCCCGAAGGCACCAAGGGCGAGCCGGGCGACGUGGGCGAGCCGGGACCUCGGGGCCUGCGCGGGCCCAUGGGGCUGUCCGGCCGCGAGGGCAGGAGGGGUCGUCCCGGCAGGGAUGGCGAGAGGGGCAUCACCGGUCCUCCGGGCACGAAGGGCGAGCAGGGAGUCCAAGGACUGCCAGGACUGCCAGGGGAGAAGGGCGACAGGGGCCUGCCGGGCAACCAAGGUCAUCAGGGUCUGCCAGGACACGAUGGCAUCCAAGGAGACGAGGGACCCCCAGGCCUGCCAGGACUUCCCGGGGAGCUGGGACCGCGAGGCUUCCCCGGGCCCAGGGGCUUCCCCGGGCUGCCGGGCCCGCCAGGCAUCCCGGGCAGCGAGGGUCCUGUGGGCCCCAAGGGCAACUCCGGGUCGCCGGGUCAGCCGGGUCCCCCCGGGCAGGCGGGCCCCAUGGGCCCCGUGGGCCCGCCUGGCCCGCAAGGGCACCUGGGACCUCCGGGGCUGGCGGGCCCGCCAGGAAAGCCCGGCAUGCCAGGCCUGCCCGGGGCGGACGGCGCGCCGGGCCACCCCGGCAACCAGGGCCCCGCCGGCCCCAAGGGCGACUCGGGCCCGCCCGGCCCGCAGGGCGCCCAGGGCUUCGCCGGCGCGCGCGGCGUCAAGGGCGACGAGGGCAAGCGGGGCGCGGCGGGCGACAAGGGCGACAAGGGCGACCGCGGCUCGGACGGCGAGAAGGGCGACGCCGGCAGCAAGGGCGAGCACGGGCCCGCCGGGCCGAGCGGCGCCCCGGGCCUCGAGGGCCCCGAGGGCCCCAAGGGCUUCGAGGGCCCGCGCGGCGAGGCGGGCCCGCCCGGCCAGCCCGGCGACAAGGGCAAGACGGGCAUGCCGGGCUUCGCGGGCUACCCGGGCCAGCCGGGCGAGAAGGGCGACAAGGGCGCGGAGGGCCGCGGCGGCCCCGCCGGCGACAAGGGCGACCGGGGUAGCCCCGGCCAGCAAGGAGAAAGAGGCGAGCCAGGACCCAGGGGCUUCAGGGGGUCCAGAGGAAGGCGAGGAUUGGAGGGAGUGCCUGGUCCUAAGGGCGACACAGGGCAGCCAGGGCCUCCAGGGCCUCAAGGAGACAACGGACCCCAAGGGCCCGAGGGACCCAGAGGCUUUGCGGGACCGCCAGGUCCCCCUGGGUCUAGCGGCAAGGACGGUGUCCAAGGACCUCCUGGAGAGAGAGGCCCGCCGGGCGAGCCGGGGCCUCUGGGCCCGACGGGCGCUCCGGGCGUGGUGGGGCCGCCCGGGCCCACGGGCGAGCCCGGCCCGGUGGGCGAGCCCGGUCCGCCGGGUCACCCGGGCGUGCCGGGCGAGGCGGGGCAGCCGGGCGAGGCGGGCAAGGAGGGCCAGCCCGGCCCCGCGGGGCCCCAGGGCAAGCCGGGGCCUCCGGGGGGACCCGGGCUGCCGGGCUUCCCGGGCGAGCGGGGCAUGUCGGGACUGCCGGGAAUGCCAGGCCUGAAGGGCGAGAUGGGGCCUAUCGGGCCUCCCGGAGCCUCGGGGGACAAGGGGCAGCAGGGAGAGCCGGGCAAGGAAGGACCUCCCGGUCCCGAAGGAAGAAAAGGCCCGCAGGGUCCACCCGGCCCUUCUGGUGCUAAGGGAGACAGGGGCGAGGGAGGCAUACCGGGCCCGACCGGCAGGGAUGGCCUGGCGGGCCAGCGGGGACUGCCCGGCCCACCGGGCCCCAUGGGCCCACCUGGCGAGGACGGCGAUAAGGGCGACCCCGGCCCCCCUGGCGAGAAGGGCUUCAAAGGAGCUCAGGGAGAAAUGGGCUCGCCAGGACCGCAGGGCUCCCAGGGCCUCCGCGGGGAGCCGGGGACCAUCGGGCCGGCCGGCGAGAAGGGCCCGCCGGGGGAGAUCGGCCGGCAGGGGCCCAAGGGCGAGGACGGGCCCACGGGGGUGGCGGGGCCGCCCGGGGCCCCCGGGCCGCAGGGCAUGCCGGGACCUCCGGGCAUCAAGGGCGAGAUGGGCGACGACGGCCAGAGAGGGCCGGAGGGACCCGCUGGCCCGCCGGGCGAGCCGGGCGCGCGGGGCGUGAAGGGCGCCGAGGGCAUCCCGGGCCCUCCAGGGCCCGAGGGCCUGCAGGGCCACAAGGGCGAGCCCGGGAACCCCGGGCCCCCGGGCCCCACCGGCAGCGACGGCAAGCACGGAGAGCGAGGCCCCCCGGGACCCAAGGGCGAGGAGGGCAAGGCCGGCGUGCAGGGUCCGCCCGGGCCGAGGGGCGCCAUAGGCCCUGAGGGCCCCAAGGGCAACCCGGGCCCCCCGGGGUUCCCCGGCCCGCCCGGGGAGCCGGGCCUGCUGGGGGCGAAGGGCGAGCCGGGCAGGGACGGCGAUGACGGGCGGCCGGGCGACCAGGGCCCGCCGGGAGAGGUCGGGCCGCCGGGCAAGAUGGGGCUGGUCGGUCCGCCGGGCAAGGUGGGAUCGGAGGGCCCAGCAGGCCUGCAAGGAAGCACCGGGACUCCGGGCGAGAAGGGAGACCGAGGGCCCAUUGGGCCUCCAGGGCCGCAGGGACCUAUAGGUCCUCAGGGCGUGCCAGGCCCGCAAGGCCCGCCCGGCCUCAGAGGCUCGCCAGGCGCAGCGGGCGAGGUUGGCAGUCCUGGCAAGCCGGGAGCCGAGGGCCAGCCGGGCAAGGCGGGCGAGGCCGGGCCCAGAGGCCAGAAGGGCGACCGAGGCCGCCGGGGACCGAAGGGACACCGGGGAGACAUGGGGCUCGCCGGGCCCAAGGGCGAGAUGGGCGAGAAGGGCGAGCGGGGCAUGAAGGGCCCUCAGGGACCCGAAGGACCCAAGGGAGACGUGGGCCCAGCAGGACCGAUGGGCCAGAAGGGUAACGACGGUCCUCCAGGCCCGCCAGGGAUGGAAGGACCUGCUGGCCCCAAAGGGUCGGAGGGGGUGGCGGGCUCCAAGGGCGAGCAAGGACCCGCAGGACCCCCGGGCUCGCCAGGACCUCCCGGAGAGGUGCCCAUGAUCCCUCCGGAGCUGCUGUUCCAGCGGGAGUCGGAGAGGGAGCGGCGGUCUGUGCCAUCCCCGGGCGCCGAGGAGCCGCAGGAGAGGCGGCGCCAGGCGGACGCCGGCGACGACCUGGGCGGCAAGUUCCUGGACAUGUACAGCUCCAUCUACGCCAUGCGGCAGGAGCUGGACCGCAUCAGGAAGCCGGUCGGCGUGCGCGAGAACCCCGUGCGCACGUGCCGCGACCUCUUCUACGGCCACCCGCAGUUCAAGGACGGCUGGUACUGGAUCGACCCGAACCUCGGCAUGCCCGACGACGCCGUGUACGUGUUCUGCAACAUGAGCGGCAGCGGAGAGACAUGCGUGUUCCCCGACGUGCACACCAGCCAGAUGACCAACAUCCCGUGGCGCAAGGACAGCGCCGGCAGCGACUGGUACUCCCACCUGCGCGGCGGCUCGCGAAUCUCGUACGAGACGAUCGGCGUCGUGCAGAUGACGUUCCUGCGCCUGCUGAGCCAGGACGCGUACCAGAACUUCACGUACACGUGCAUCAACUCUGCCGCGUGGUACAACAUGAAGACGCACGGCUACGAGAGCGCCAUCAAGCUGCUGGGCGAGGACGAGGUGGAGUUCGGCUACAGCGGCGUCAAGCCCAACGUGCUGGUGGACGGCUGCAAGACGCGGAAGAGCAAGAGCGAGACGGUGUUCGAGGUGCGCACCAAGCAGCUGCAGCACCUGCCCAUCGUGGACUUCUACCCCGUGGACUACGGCCUGCCGCACCAGGCGUUCGGCUUCGCGAUCGGGCCCGUGUGCUUCAAGUGACGGCCGCCUGGCGCGCUGCCCUCGCUGCAACUCGCUGCCCUCGCUGCCAGCUCUCCCGCCCAGAUCUUCACAUCAGAUCUGUUCAAUUGUGAUACAAUGUGUGUUCAUUUCUCUUCCUGCGCUCACUUCGUGAACUUGGUGUCUCAAGUAUUAAUUUACACAUUUGACACCUUCCAGAUCCUUGCGUUACUAAAGUAAGACAUUGUUCAUUCCAUGCGUGCCUACUAACAUUAAGGUUCUUACCAGAACACAUUAUGACUGUUAUGUAGCAAAUUACAUUAAUGUCUCUCAUAUAGACAAUAGAGUUUACUUUAUUAAUUUAAAAAAUAUGGUUUUAUUUUUUUUCAGCAUAAUUAUUACCGGAAUGAACCUUGCAAGUAAUGAUAACCAAACAUUAUGCAAGAGAAAGUUGAUUUUUCUCAAGGACAUAAAACCAGUAUUUUUUAAGAAAUUUAAAAUUUUAGAAACUCCUAGGAAACAUAAUUUACUGAAUAUUCUACGUCGUAAAAAUUAUGUGGACUUAGGUAAAAGGAAGUGCAUGAAUUUACAUACAGGGCUAUUUUCUCAAAUGCUUCCUUAAAGCUGUUGUUAUGGCAUCUCAAGAAAAUAUUGACAGAAUCAUAUAGGGUAGAAAAGUAUCUACUGUGUUGCUUCUUAUGGUUCCUUUAUUGGCAGAUAUUUUGGAAUUUAUUUUAAAUCAGUCUUGGAAAACAAACUAUAAAUCUUAUUUCUCCACAAAUUAAACCAUGUUUGGUUAAAAUUAUUCUACCAUUAAAAUAUUAUAUAUGAACUUUUUGAGUCAAAAACAGAAGAAAAAAAAACUACUCAUGGAAAAACUAUUCUGCUUAGACUACAUACAUGUCUAGUGUUUGUUUACAAAAACUUUGAAAACCAAAUAUUUUACUACUCAAUGUCAGUACUUGCCUUUCUAUUAUCACUUACAUCAUUCCUUUAUUUUUCUAGAAUUUUGAACACAAUUAAAAGUGUAAAAAUUAAAUGCAAAUUCAAUAGAAAUUUAAGACUUUUUUUUAAUCUUCUAUCAAUUAACAUAUUGCACGAUAUCAUCUCCAAAAAUUUAAAAUGAGAAACGUGAUUUUAUUUCCUUUAUAAUCAAAAGAAUAUAUUCCAAACAUCUGUAAAAAAAUUAUAUAUUAUUUCAUCUCCCUGCGGGCAAAGGUCCAUGCUAUAAAAAUAUUUUUGUUGCCACUGUAAAAAUAGUUUUGUUGCCACCUCAAAAUAUGCUUUUGCCAACAAAGAUCAUAAUUAAUAGUUUGUGUUGACAGCAAAAUACUUCUGUAGUCCAAACAAUACAUAAAUUAUUGGCGUUGCUGUCGAAUAUUGUCAAUUUCGUGGAUACUACAACCUUACAUAUUUGUAAACACAAAAUGUUUGUUAAGGUUUAUAUUUUUUUAAAAAAAUUUAUGGUGGCCACAAAAUUGUGUGAGACCAUAAAAAUUUUUUUGCCACUAAUAUUUUUUUUAGCCUACUAAAAUUAUUAUGUUGUUACCAUAAAACAAUUGGUAGGGCAAACACGAGCAAAAUAAUAUUUGGUGGUGGACUUUGUAGCCAAUAGGCUACUUAUUAGCCAAUUAGCUUUUUGGCAAAACAAGUAGUCUGCGUUAAAUUAAACAACACGUACGCUGGUGAGAACCCUUCAUUGGCGCCGCCGAGUGCGCGAAAAAAUACUAUAAUUAUCUAAGUUGUCGCAGGCAAUGGUGAUGCGUGCGACUCGGCCUGCUCGUCACGAACGCCAACUGUAACUGGUGAUUGUCUCCUCGCAGGCCUGGCAACACCCCCAGCGAGGGGGUUAUAAUCCCUCGGCAUCGAACUAUGAAGGGUGCGCUGCAUUCUUCGCCCAGGGGUGUACACACAGACAUGGCAGCUCCUGCUGGGGGCCCUGCGUGGCAGAUGUGGUGGCGAUGUACCGCCACAGACACAAAACUUUCUUUCAUCUGUGUUUUCACUUGGAGAGAAAAAUACAUAAAUUUUCUACAGAUGUUUUACUACAAAAAUUUAAUUAAAUGACAUUAAGUUUUAAAUAAUGGAAUCGUGCAAAUUAUCCUCGCUAAAGCUAUGUGCAAAUGAGGUUUUAAUUAUGAAUGAGUAUUGGGGACAUUAAUUUUGAAUGAGUUAGGUAAUUAUUGCAAAAUCUCAUUUAAACGUUAAUCUCUUUUUAAGUGGCUAUUUUUAUGAGACAUCUCAAUCUGUUUUCAGCUCAAUUUUUUUCUCUCCGGUAUAUGAAUAAGACCUCUAAUAUGUCACGAGUUAGUGAAAUAACAACUCUUCUGAUGACAAAAAAAAAUCAAUUAAUUUCAAGGGUCUUCGGCUAAAAAGACUCAAUAUUUUGUUUAGGGAACCAAUUUCAAAAAUGAUUUACUGCCGGCUAUCAUUGCUUUUUAUGUUUACAAUAUUUUAAGAUUGUUGUAAGUCAAUCUGUAAUAAUUAAUACCAGUAAAAAAUUAUACCUUGUUUCCAUACAACCGAUUAUGUAGUGUUUAUUUAUAAAAAUAAUCUUUAAAAAACUGUUUUGCCACACUGUCAAAAUUUUCUCUUCAAAUCCAUUAUGUAUUAUAGUUCAUUAAACAAAUUUGGGUGGUUAUGAUAUCAUUAAAAUUAAACUAAAGAAUCAAAUGUUUGUUUUAAAAGCUGUAAAACAUUAGUUAAUAUCAAACGUUUGUUUUAUAGGAUUAAAGGUUUUUACGGAGUAAGCAGUCAGAAUUGCGCCCAUCAAAAAUAAAAGAUAUGGACGUUUCUAACAUAAGACUUCGAAACUACAAAUGACUUCUAUGAGAUAAAAGUUGAUAUGAAGGUAAUAUAUGUUCGUAUUAAAAUUGACAUAAACCGAAAUUCGCUAUUCGAAGUGCAUUUUUUCAAAAUAAUUUUGAAAAAUCAAAAUUAAUUCACUAUAGUCUAAUGUUUUAUUAUGUUAUGCUACAAAAUGUUUUGCUUUAAAUAUCCAUAAAUUGUCAAAAUUUAUGGCUAAAAAUUUUCUAUCUGGCCUGUGAUAAACGAUGUUAUUUAUAAAUAAAGUUUCAAUACUAAAAUUUUAACAAGAUCAAUUAAAUAAUAAUUAUUGACAGUGUGACACAGUUUUCAGAACAUAUUUAAGGUCGGUUUUUCUCAAAUUUUUUUAAUAAAAGAUUAUAAAUGCUAUAUUCUGUCAAAAUCUCCCUUAUAACUUUGUUGUAAAAUAAAUUGUAUACGAAAAAUUUACAUGGUCUUAAAUUUGUUUCAAAUUUAUAAAAAUUACUGUACUAAACAUUAUUUCAUUUUAAGUUAAAUUUUUAAGCAUUAUUUAUAAAUUAAACUGCUUUACUUUUAAUCCCCACCACAGUGUAAUGUGUUUUCAAUGAUACCAUAAGAACAAUUCACUGCCAUAUGAUGCGGACACUCGCUGUAUUAAUGACGUAAAGCGGAAUAUACUAUAAUAUAUAUAUAUAAUAUUGUCGAUUCGCAAAACAAUUUUGUACAAAUUUUUGUAUCUACUUGUGGAAGUAAACAAAUAUUGUAAAAUAAAUAUCAGUAAUUUC